AUGUCGAGCUCGACGAUCGGCGUCCACAUCCGCAAAGCCCAGCCGGCAGACUGCGAGGCACUCAAGAAACUCAUGAAAGGCGCUGAGGAAUUCGACUUCAGGGACGACACAACGGCAAUGACUGAUCUCAAAGAAAACGCCUUCGGAGAAUGGCCUCUGGUGAACAUUCUGGUGGCCGAAGACGGCAGUGGAGGCAUCGGCGUUCCCUGCCCCCCGCUGUGCUCCAGUCUGAUGCCGUCGCCACCGCUGGUCGGCUGCGCGCUGUACAGCCUCGUCUUCAGCACCUGGGGCGGCAAAAGCAUGGUCCUCGAUGGCGUGCACGUGGCACCCGCGUAUCGUGGCAAGGGCGUCGGCUCGGCGCUACUCCGGUCUAUAUUUAAGGAAGCGGCUCAUUGCAAGUGCAACGAGCUCAGCUGUCACGUGUCGGCCAAGAACGAGGCUUUCAUCAACCUGAUGAGGAGGCACGGCGGCAUGGACCAGGAGCGCGAGAAAGGGUGGCACUUGUUCAGCAUGGACAGUCGCGCCAUCACGAUGAUGACCCAGGAGCAGCCGUGGACGCCGGCCAGAACCGCGUCCGACACGAGCAAGAAAUCGAUGUGA